AUUACCGAACAAAUAGCAGUACUAGAGAUAAUUUUCGAAGAUCAAAGGAUAUUUAUAAACUUUGAUAUUUGUGCAAAAAUCUGCAAUAGCCAGAAAUGGAAAAACAUCGAAGCUUCGAAAGAAAUCAAUGUAAAUAAUUGAAGAAUCAAUAUGAAAAUAUAGUUAAACGAUAUGAUUAUAGAAGAAAUAACGAUGCUAGAGAUAAUUUGCAAAUACCACAAGAUAUAUUUAUGAACUUGGAUAUUUGUAUAAAAACAUUGCAUAACCGGCGAUUGAAAAAAGAAACGGGAGACAGCGACAGCUGCGAAAGCGAGUCGAUGAAAAAUCAACGGCCACGAUAACUUCCGCUUCGAAGCGGUAUCCACCAGCUGUCGUUAAUGAAACGAUACCUACGUAGUCGUAUAAUGGUACAAUGCAUAAAAUAACUGGACAUUAUUGUAAAAUUACCAGCAUGUAUUAAUCAAAGCAACCGCAAACAUGGAAAAGGAGGAACUUCGCUUGUCUUCCGAGAAUCUGAAAACAUUCCUCCGUCAACAACGUUCCUGUCGAAGGCUAAAGAACGACUAACAACCAUUCGUGUUGCUUUACGCUCGCCGAUCGGUGAAGGAGCAGGACAAAUAAGACCAACUAGUCAAUGGUGGAACAGAGAGGGCAACUGCAUCGUUGGAAUAACAGUACUCUCACAUUGGUGAACGCCGUCGAAGCACGAACGAAUGACGUCGCUCGAUGAAAACACGACGAAGAGAAAAGCUCCAGGGAGCUUAAAAGAGAUACAGACGUGGAUCGUGCUCUAGUUUAGAUCUAGAGCCGAAUAUGUCUUGCUUGGGAAUGUCCUGUUACGAGGAUGGCUUCCGGUUGGCUGGUCCCGCAUCGGAAUGCUCCCUCAGAAGCAAGGCCCGCAUCGAUGCCCUGUUCGAAGAUUCGAGGUCGAUCUACGGAUCGAACAUUGGCGGUUGGUAUGGCGCGGUAUCAACCAUGAACUCGAAUCAGCUGGAGGACAUGGGGGUGGACGAGCAAAGAAGGGUGAACAGCGCCGUGCAGGCGAGGAUCGAGGCGAUGUUCGCUUCCGUGGAAGCCGAAAGCGAAACACCCGGAGAAUGCGCCGCCGCGAUUUUACCGGUGAAAUAUAUGGGCGCAGCACCUGUGGGUGGUCGCGUGGCAAGCGUUCGAGGCCUCCAAGAACCCCUACGUCAGCUUCUGGAAAGAAUCCAAUGUUCUGUGCGGGCGGAACUCGAAGUCUCCAGACGAGGGUUGACUUUCCGCACGUCUGACGCCUGCGAGAAGAACAACCCCUUCCGCAGGAUCGCCGUGUGGAGUGCACUGAGGCUUCGUAAUAAACGUAUGCCAUCGGGAGAGCUGCAUCACGCUUUCUUGCCGUUAGUCGGUGAUCACGAACAGAGCCAGACAAGCGAGGAGAAGCACGCAGACUUGUACAGAACAAUGCGUGGCCUGAAAACGACAUCAGACCACUAUUCACCGAUAUUUGCAGUAGUAAUGCGACGACCAGGGGCGACCAGGUUACUAGAAUGCCACGCGUUCGCGUGUGAGACGGAAGAGGAUGCAGUGGCUGCUGCGGCGACCCUCUACAGGUCUCUACUCGCUGAUUUGGACGCGAAUCGACGUCGUCCAAGGCACACGAACGGCGUUGGUUGCAUGAGCAUAGCCUCGGUAGCCUCCAGCGUCAGAGAACCGAGUCCAAGCAGCAGGCUCAGUACCAGAAUGAACAUAUUACAAUCGGAAGCUAUCAGAUCGACUCCUCAACAUCCUGUGAGACCUCCAAGAACGAAGAAGACCUCCGUAUCCAGCUCGGUAACGGAAGAGGAAACUGAAAAAUCAUCUGGUUUACAAAAAACUCCCAGAAGAAAGAAGAAAAAUUCUGAUAUCAAAGCAGAAGAUGUUUUGGAGGCUCGAGGAAGAAGAAAAGAGGCUGGUCCGAAAGAAAAGACCAAUCCAGUGGUCCAGAGCUUCAGUUCUAUUCAGACGAACUUUGACUCGAAAGUUUCCAAGAAAGAGGAACGCGAAAAUUCGAAGAAUAAAACGUUCGGAAUUAAACAAGAAUUAAACGCUGCUGAAAAGAUCGAAGUAGAAAACUCGAAUAAUUCUGCGAACAAGAUUUACGACAUAGGGGCCAAUGGAUUUUAUGAGACAGUCUCUAACAGAUACGAGAAGCUUCCAAUAAUUGGAAAAGCGGGGAAAGUCGAGAGUCCGGCGCAAGAAACUCCGAUUAAAGAAGCAGAUGACGUGAAGGAAAGAAUGUACGAAAAAUCUCACGGUUCCUAUGACCUGAAUAAUCCUGUGUCCUCGAGAGACGCGUCUAAGGAUCAAGAAACACACUCUGCGAGGUCAGACGUUAUAAUCUACGACAGGAUCGAAAGAUCAGGCUGCAAGAGCGAAGAAAAUGCAUUGUACGAACGAGCUUUGAAGAGAAACAGCAAAGAGAGGCUCUAUGAGGAACACUUUAAAGAUGUUGAUAAAAUAUACAGUCUUGCCCAGGAAGAAAUUUACAGUGGCAGAGGUAGCAAACUGGGGCCAGGGAAGAUAAAGAGUUCGCAAGAAGAUAUAUUCUUUGGUAGAUCCUGUAAUAGCGAGAUUUAUCAGUUGAGUCAGGAGAGUCGUGGAGAUUCUGUGUCAGUGGAACGAAGAAGAUCCAGGGACCAAGAGAAGAUCACACCUGGAAGACGAGUGAGCAGAGUGGUUACCAUGGAUAAACCUUUGAAGAAGCAACUGAGCGAUUCCACGUCGAAUUUGAAUUUGAUAGAGCAUAAUCAGCCAAGAGUCAGAAAGAGAAGCAGAGCUGGAAGUGAACCACCUGUCAGCAGAUCAGAGGAUGCUACGAAGGCUCUCGAGGAGACUAGAUUGAAGAGAUCUCAGAGUGAUAUAGACGUGGAUAGAGGAGAUUUGAUGACCAGAGUCGAGUUGCCCAGGAGAGGAAGCUUUUUGAAUCCUGGAAGCGCUAGGAGACCUAAUAGUAUCAAAGGUGGCACUCCUUUGGGAUUCACCGAACUUUUUGAUGAGUUUAGGAAUCAGGAGGGUCUGACUAGUGUCGACGACAUCUUGGCUGCUAUUAUCGAUCCUGAAGGGAUGUCAUUCAACGACUUGAAACCCCUGUACAAAGAGUUCUUGUUAAAAUUGGCCGCCACACUGACACAGGAUGAGCUAUAUCAGAGAUCAGCGAGCAUAAUGAGGAGGCGUCGAAGGCCACAACGAAGACGAUCCAGUCGUCGAACCUGCUUACUUGGCAGGGCUAUCAAAAGGUCUGUGUCGAGGUUGAAGGGUGGACCGACGGAAUUCACUUCCGUGAUCUUCCCUGCGAGAAGACUGAACGAUAGUUUCGGUAGUAGCUCUUCUUGCGACGCCAGGAACAAUCAUAGGAAUCGUGUAUUGGCUAAUAAAUUAGGCAAGAGAAGAUCUUCGUGGAGGACGAGUAAAAAUGGCGCCUGCCAUACUACUUCUGAAGAUAGCGACACUUGCAGAAGACUAAACAGAAGCGCAGGAGCGGCAGCGAACAGGAGCAGCAGCGGUUACGUGAGUUGCAGCGAGUGUAGCUACGAUUCAGAGUCGUGCACCUGCGUGUCAGCGGACAAAUGCUACUGCUCGUUGUCGAGGAGGAUCCCGACGCAGCCUCACGUUCCUCCAAACACGGUGGUAUGUGCUUGUGACACUGACAGCUGCUCUGAAAGCAAUAAGUGUUACUGUGCUCGGCAGCCGAUCCGGCCGACGAUACUGGAGCAGCUAAGGCAGAGAGGCAUCGUGCCCUCUGAAGGCACCCUCAGCCGAGCCGGAAGCCCGGACAAAGCUCGAGCGGUCAAGACCAGCAGAUGUCGAACGCCCUCCCAAGGUUUGGAUGUACUCAAGAAGCAGUCAUCGUCAAGCUACGGUAGUUCGAACAACUUCGCCCUAGAUUACGACCUGUUCAAUCCAGGACGAAAGUCUCAACAGUCUUCGGACAGCGAGAAGGUGCUAGUCGUUAGUGCUAGAGACACGCAGGGCCGUUUAGUGUACGUCGGUGGCGCUGACAGAGACAAGAAAUGUCUUUCCCAUUGUUCCAGUCGAUCUGGAGCGCAUCACGAAGCCCUUUCGAUCAAGAAAAGCGCGGAAAUCGCGGCCAUCUUCGGCGCUGAAUCGAGUAGAAUCAGCAGGCGAACCAGUAACGCUUCCAGCGUCAAGAGUUCCAUUAGUUUGGAGGCUGGUUUAGGAUAUUUACCAUGAAGAUCCUUUUUUCCUUGAUAAAAUUACAUCCUCUGCUUGAUCUGAUCGGAAAAUUAUAAGGAUUAGAAAAUAUAGUUAUAUCACAGGAUGAUUGUAAAUUAAAUUAAUACGCCAAAUUAUACAGUAAUGACAUUUACAUGACAUUAAGUAAAAAGUAAGGACCGGAAAAGUUUAAAAGAUUUAAAUUUGUCCUAGUAAUUUUCUAAAUUCUUCUUUCAUAAUUGUUUCCAUUUUUGUAGAGAUAAUAUCUUCCAUUAUGUCAAAGCAGAGAAAUUUCUUCUUCGUGUAUACUUUUAAUUUUUAACUUUUAUAUACGCAUUCUUUUUAAAAUUAAAUAAAGUAUAAACCAUUAAUCAAUCAUCAAAAAAUAUAGAAAAGUCUAUUCUUGAGGAAAAAUUUUCGAUCAGAUUUAGUAGAUAUUAUACAUAAAUAUACAUAUAUAUAUAUAGCUAUUUUUUUAUUUUUUAUUAAAAAAAAAGACACCAUUUAGCAAAGAGGUGUAAAUACUGAAAUAAAUACUUCAAAGAGAACGCCGAAGAAAAAAAAGAUACGUAAAAGACAUCGAACUAUUUUUUACGAGGGCAUAAACGCUCCAGCAAUAAUAGUUUCUAUUUUUACUUUUAGAAUAUUAUUUGUCUUUUACUAAAGAAAUACCUUGAACUCGCGUUUUUGAUAUUCAAUUACUAUUUAGUUGAUUCAAGCUAAUUGGCAUGAAAAAUCACGGAGAUAUAAUGUCUACGUAUAUAUUGAUAUUAUAGCGCGUGUAUAUUAAUUAAUAACGGUACUGUCGUUUACAUGGUUCGCAGAAAUGUACCAGUUCUUUCCAUAACGGUACCAUAUUCUCGUUUCUGCGAGACUUGAUCUCAGCAAAAGUGACUCUGAGUCGAGCACGCUAAAAUUAGCGAUUUACUGUUCGCACUACAGACAUUAUAAAAAUGGAAAAUAUUCAAUACCGUGAUUCUGAUAACGUGUACGAAUAUCUUGCAAGUACCUGCAUUAUCACUUGUAAAAUUUUCUUUCCUUUAUUUUUGCAUUCUUGACAAUUAUUUAUAGAUCAAAGUAUCUAUUGAGAUUUAAACAAUUUUUUUAUUCGUCUUUUUGACUGCUGUUUAAUGUAUACGUGAAAAUAAUUCGCAAUGAUAGCUGAUCCAAUUUAGUAUAGAUCUGUUUGUAAGAUUUUUGGUUGAAUAUGAUCAAUUAUUAGUUUGUAUUUUUGUCAAUCCUCUGUUGCUACACAGGACCUGAUAACUUGACUAAAGAUAGUUUAACAAACGAAGCAAGGGAACAGUGCAAUACCACGCGCAGCCUCGUCUCUUCUGAGGUAAAUUAUCGUUUUAUUAUAAUAUGUACAGUUCUUGUGCAAUGUGUAUGAAAUAUGAGGCAAUUCCUAUUGUUGCACCGAUAUUUCUUCAUGUACUAUUAAUAAAGUCUUGAUCCAUUUUAUGGAA